UUUUAAGGAAAAAAAAAAAAGUAAAAUGUCACUCAGUCCAAGCUCAAAUAUUUGAGUACUGAAAAAAAAAAAAGGGAAAAAAUGUUAGAAAUUGUGCUAAUCUGCUAGUAGGCUCCUUAAACUUGAGUUUCAUUCUAAGAUGCGUCCUUGAUAUCUACCAAACAAUUAAUAGCCCAUACCUCUUAUUCUCUCCAAGAGUUAUCUCAAAGUCUUGUUAAAAGGAGUUUCUUUUCUUAUUUAGGUGGUAACUUCUAACUACCCUUACCACAUGAAGCUUGUAAGUGAUUUUAGCAUGGACAAUGAUCAGGCAUCAGAAAAAAAAAUCCUUCCAACUGCCUGAAACAAAUGAAGAUCUCAAUAAGGAAUACUUCAAGAUAUGCUGCAACACAUUUGUAUAAGGACAAUGUGUACUCAAAUUUACUUUCUGAAACUUUCUUGCAAGGACACAAAGGAGCUCUAAAAUCCUGAAGUCAAGCCAUCUCACCUUGAAAAUACUUAUGCCACAGAACAAAUGGAACUGCUGAAUUCUCUCAAAAUGGGCAUUGCUCAUAGCUGUGUAGGAGCUCAGCAUGAACCAUGUGCUGCCUUGGCCUCAGUUCCAAGGAGUUAAAAUAAAAACAAAAAAUACAAACAACUGAAAAACAAAGAUGAAACGCAAAACCCGUCCUGAAACUGCCAACUAAUCCCUCCAAUGAGAUCAAGGCUUGCAGACAUGACUACAGUAGGAUUUUGAAUUUCCGUCUCAGCCUCGCAGGGUGUAUUAUCUGAAAAAUCUGAGAAUGCAUUGACUACAUUUUCCAUUAUUACAAGUUUACAGUACAUUAAGUAAAGCCUUGGAAAUGGCUCUACAAAUGAUAAGCCUCAUUUUGGAUCCCUAGAACAUGUGCACAAAGCAGCUGGAAUUAGCUGGAUACGAUAACCACUGCUGAUUCUGUUGCAUCCUCCAACAUGACCAGUCCUCAGCCUGCAAUAGAAGGUGGUGUUUCAGAAGUUGAGAUAAUUUCACAGCAAGUUGAAGAAGAGACCAAAAGCAUUGCCCCUGUUCAGCUUGUUAAUUUUGCUUAUCGAGAUCUACCCUUAGCUGCACUUGAUCUGUCUGUGGCUGGGUCCCAGCUUUUGUCAAAUUUGGACGAGGAGUACCAAAGAGAAGGAUCUAACUGGCUAAAACCGUGCUGUGGGAGACGAGCAGCUGUGUGGCAGGUAUUUUUGCUCAGUGCAAGUCUCAACAGUUUCCUGGUAGCCUGUGUAGUGUUGGUGGUGAUUCUUCUGACUCUGGAGCUCCUAAUAGAUAUAAAGCUUCUCCAGUUUUCAAGUGCUUCACAGUUUGCAGGAGUAAUUCACUGGAUCAGCCUAGUCAUCCUGUCUGUUUUCUUUUCAGAGACUAUUUUGAGGAUUGUGGUCCUUGGCAUAUGGGAUUACAUUGAAAACAAAAUAGAGGUAUUUGAUGGUGCUGUCAUAAUCUUGUCCUUGGCACCAAUGGUGGCCUCAACAGUGGCUAAUGGCCCCAACAGCCCCUGGGAUGCUAUCAGCCUUAUUAUCACACUACGAAUAUGGAGAGUGAAGAGGAUCAUUGAUGCGUAUGUCCUUCCAGUGAAAGUGGAGAUGGAGAUGAUGAUUCAGCAGUACGAGAAAGCAAAGGUUAUUCAGGAUGAGCAGCUGGAAAGACUAACCCAGAUCUGCCAAGAACAAGGGUUUGAGAUCAGGCAGCUGAGGGCCCACCUUGCUCAGCAGGAUUUGGACCUGGCUGCAGAGAGAGAGGCCGCGCUGCAGGUCCCACACGUACUGAACAAACAGAGCAGCAACAGGUACAAGGUGGUUGCAACUGAAGAUUCAGAUGAUGAGGCCACUGAGAACAUCACUGAGUUGCAGACUCCACGAGAGGAUGACAUGAACAAUUACAUCAGCCGGUACUACAAUGAGCCCAGCAGUGACAGCGGUGUUCCCGAGGCCGCCAUCUGCGUGGUCACCACCGCUGCCAUCGACGUCCAUCGCCCCAACAUCUCCUCCGAGCUGUUCACAGUGGAGGUGCCGAUGCGGCUGAGCAGCACCGGGACGUCCGCCAGCAUCACGUCGGGCAGCGCCUCCCGCUCCACCGUCAGCUCGGGCACACAGGCGUGCAGCGAGAGCAGCCAGACACUGGGCUCCUCCCCGGACUGCAGCGCAGCCUGUGAGGAUGCGGCCCGCGCCAGCCCUCGGGCUGACCUCGUGCCCAGCCAGCAGCGGGUGGCACAAGCCAUGGUGCAGGAGCUGCUCUCUUCCUUGUCUGAAGAGGCACGCCUGGCGCAGAAGGCGCUGGACCCCGUCAACCUGAAGCUGCCGAGCCCCGCGGGCUCAGGGGGGACCAGCCCCGACCUCGGCCACCGGCUCUGCGUCUACAACCGCAGGAAUCAGGAAAACCUUGAGGUCUUCCAGCUCAAGCCACUCAUUGACUCUCCACAGGGCCCCUCAGUCAUUGAUGAGAAGUACGGGGCCCUGGGACCCCCAGAGCCACGGCUGAGCAAGGUACCUGAGGCAUAAGGACAGCUGUGGGGCACACCCACCGCACUGGGUCACCAGGCUGCCCUGGGCAAGGCAGCAGCACUGGAGGCCGCACAUGGCACCUCCUGCAGUGACCAGCAGCCCAGGGCUGGGCCGAUGCCACGCAGCUGGCACGCACCAGGCCUGCCCUGCCACCAGCUCUGGGCCAGCUGGCACCUAUGGCACUCCGGGACACAGGAGACCUUCCCUCAUCUUCAGCCAACAGGGACCCACGGUGCCCAGUGGCAGGGAGAACAGACUACAGCCAUGUCCUGGCAGCAGCCUGGGCUUAGCCCCAAGGUGCACAGACCUUCCACCAGCACCAAGCUACAGUGUCCAGGGACAGACAGAGCUGCUGGCCAGCCUGCUCCCAGCCUGGCCUCCCAGCUCCCCAUGUCCCCCGCCCAGGGGCUGAGCACAGCUGGGAGGGGAGUGAGGUUGGGAAUAAACACUGACAACCACUGCUGCCUCCUGCCUCCCUUGUUCCUGUCUGCCAUUCCUCUUCCCCCCUUGCUUACCUUACCUGCCCCUUCCUUACCUUUCCUUCCUGCCUUUAUUCCUUUUCCUGAUACCUUUUCUUCACCCCCCCCCCCCACAACCACCACUUGAUGUCCCAGCCCAUAGCCACCCACAAUAAGAAAUGUAAAAAAAA